AUGGGGCGAAAUCGCCCUACUCCAAAAGGAAAAUUCCAUUUCCCACCCUCAACCAAGGAAGCCCUCAUUGUAGACUGGGGGGCUCUCCCAAAGACGUUCAAAAUCGACCCCCAAAGAGCGGUGCGGUAUUUGGCAAUCGGAAGAGAAGAUGCCGAAAGGGUAAGGCGCGUCACCACGGGAAUGGUGGAGGGGGAACGGCUCACAACUUUAACCACAAGAGACAUGGAAAACCUACUCCGCCCAUUCGGCAUGACAGCGCAUUCCGUAAAACGAGGGGCACUGGCGCAAGCAGCCGCAGCGGUGAUCGAACACGAUCUCGGCCCUCGCCUGCUGGCUCAGUUGGGAAAACGCGCAGACCCCCCAGAGCCGCCACGCAGCACAGCUCGCUACAUAGGGCCGUGGGUCGCUUUGGUCAACAAAGCGGCACACCUGACGGCAUAUAUGUAG